AUGGGCGUUGAGGUUGUUAAUGGUGGAUUUGAGGUUGCUCCUGCUCCUUUCGAAGGGAAGCCCGACAAGAACGGGAAGCCUGACCAAGUCAAAGGAGAUAAAGUCUCCAUCAAGUUUGGUUCACACGGUGAGCCACCUAAGAAAGCCGAAGAGACUAAUAACAAAGUGUUGAAUGCUGAUGUACCUAAAGAUGCAGCUGAAGAGUGGCCUGUGGCCAGGCAGAUCCACUCUUUCUACUUUAUCAAAUACCGUCCUUUCGAGGACCCCAAAAUGAAAGCUAAGCUUGAUGCUGCUGAGAAAGAGCUUAAGAAAUUGAACGAAGCUCGAGGUGCAGUUUUGAACGACUUAAGAGCUAAGAGGACCGAGAGAUCAAAGUUAUUUGAUCUGCUAGACCCGUUGAAGUCAGAGCGUAAGGGAUUCAACACGAUGUUUGAUGAGAAAAGAAAGGAAAUGGAACCUUUGCAGCAAGCUCUGGGAAAGCUAAGGAACAAUGAUGGUGGGAGUGCUCGUGGUCCCGCUAUCUGUUCGUCCGAGGAAGAGCUGAAUAAUAUGAUUUACAGCUACCAGUAUCGGAUUCAACAUGAAAGCAUUCCUUUAACCGAGGAGAAGCAGCUUCUUAAAGAGAUCAGGCUGCUUGAAGGGACAAGAGAUAAGGUCAUUGCUAAUGCGGCUAUGAGAGCCAAAAUCAAAGAAUCUAUGGGUCAGAAGGAUGAUAUCCAAGGUCAAGUUAAGAUUUACAGCUACCAGUAUCGGAUUCAACAUGAAAGCAUUCCUUUAACCGAGGAGAAGCAGCUUCUUAAAGAGAUCAGGCUGCUUGAAGGGACAAGAGAUAAGGUCAUUGCUAAUGCGGCUAUGAGAGCCAAAAUCAAAGAAUCUAUGGGUCAGAAGGAUGAUAUCCAAGGUCAAGUUAAGUUAAUGGGUGCUGGUUUGGACGGAGUGAAAAAGGAGAGGCAAGCAAUUUCAGCAAGGAUUAAUGAGCUGAGUGAGAAGUUGAAAGCAACAAAAGAUGAGAUUCAGGUGUUGGAGAAUGAGCUGAAGAAUGUGAGCGAGAAGAGAGAUAAAGCUUAUUCAAACAUUCAUGAGCUCUGGAAACAACGCGAUGAGACGAACUCUGGCUUAUACCAAAACCGUACUGUGUUGAAUAAAGCUAGAGACUUGGCUGCACAAAAGAACAUAAGCGAGCUUGAGGCGCUCUCCAAUGCCNACGGUGAGCCACCUAAGAAAGCCGAAGAGACUAAUAACAAAGUGUUGAAUGCUGAUGUACCUAAAGAUGCAGCUGAAGAGUGGCCUGUGGCCAGGCAGAUCCACUCUUUCUACUUUAUCAAAUACCGUCCUUUCGAGGACCCCAAAAUGAAAGCUAAGCUUGAUGCUGCUGAGAAAGAGCUUAAGAAAUUGAACGAAGCUCGAGGUGCAGUUUUGAACGACUUAAGAGCUAAGAGGACCGAGAGAUCAAAGUUAUUUGAUCUGCUAGACCCGUUGAAGUCAGAGCGUAAGGGAUUCAACACGAUGUUUGAUGAGAAAAGAAAGGAAAUGGAACCUUUGCAGCAAGCUCUGGGAAAGCUAAGGAACAAUGAUGGUGGGAGUGCUCGUGGUCCCGCUAUCUGUUCGUCCGAGGAAGAGCUGAAUAAUAUGAUUUACAGCUACCAGUAUCGGAUUCAACAUGAAAGCAUUCCUUUAACCGAGGAGAAGCAGCUUCUUAAAGAGAUCAGGCUGCUUGAAGGGACAAGAGAUAAGGUCAUUGCUAAUGCGGCUAUGAGAGCCAAAAUCAAAGAAUCUAUGGGUCAGAAGGAUGAUAUCCAAGGUCAAGUUAAGUUAAUGGGUGCUGGUUUGGACGGAGUGAAAAAGGAGAGGCAAGCAAUUUCAGCAAGGAUUAAUGAGCUGAGUGAGAAGUUGAAAGCAACAAAAGAUGAGAUUCAGGUGUUGGAGAAUGAGCUGAAGAAUGUGAGCGAGAAGAGAGAUAAAGCUUAUUCAAACAUUCAUGAGCUCUGGAAACAACGCGAUGAGACGAACUCUGGCUUAUACCAAAACCGUACUGUGUUGAAUAAAGCUAGAGACUUGGCUGCACAAAAGAACAUAAGCGAGCUUGAGGCGCUCUCCAAUGCCGAGGUUGAGAAAUUUAUUUCCCUUUGGUGCAGUAAGAAGAAUUUCAGAGAAGAUUAUGAGAAGAGAAGCUUGGCAUCACUUGAUUAUAGGCAGCUGAGCAGAGAUGGACGGAUGAGGAAUCCGGAAGAGAAGCCUCUGAUUGCUCCAGAGGUACCACCAUCAAAGGCACCGCCUUCUGAGGCUGAGGUUGUCCCUAAAGCUAAGGCAAAGCCGCAGCAAAAGGAGGAACCAGUCUCUGCACCUAAACCAGUCUCUGCACCUAAACCAGAUGCUAGUAUAGCUGAGAAGCCUGAGAAAGCUAAAGAUGUAGUCAAAGUAAAGAACGUUGUGAAUGAUGAUGAUGAAGAAGAAGUAUAUGGUCUUGGAAAGCCGCAGAAGGAAGAAAAAGCGGUUGAUGCAGCUACGGCGAAGGAAAUGAGAAAGCAAGAGGAGAUUGCUAAAGCCAAGCAAGCCAUGGAAAGGAAGAAGAAGCUGGCGGAGAAAGCUGCUGCUAAAGCUGCUAUAAGAGCUCAAAAGGAAGCUGAGAAGAAAGAAAAAAAGGAGCAAGAGAAGAAAGCCAAGAAGAAGACCGGAGGCAACACAGAAACCGAGGCUGAGGAAGUUCCCGAAGCUUCUGAGGCAGAGAAGGAAGAAUCUGAAGCUCUGGUGCAGGAGGAGAAACCGCAGAAGGAAAAAGUCUUAAAAGAGAAACCGAUAAGGAACAGGAUCCGCAGUAGAGGAGGACCAGAAACACUCCCGAGAGCGAUCCUUAAGCGUAAGAAGUCGACUAACUACUGGGUUUAUGCUGCUCCAGCUGCUCUUGCGGUACUGAUGCUUCUCGUCUUGGGUUACUACUACGUUCUCUAGAUGGAAUGGUGUGGUUAAGCGAGGCUGCGUUGUUGUAGUUUGGAAUACUUAAAAACUGGGAUUUUGCCUUCUUGACUCUUUAAAAACUCAUAAGACUAUGCAUCUCAUUUACAUACGAGUAGAGACUCUUUUUAGUACUUCUACAUUGUCGUUUUCUCUUCUGUUGUUGAGGCUUUAACUUUGAAGGAAGAAGACAGUUUUUGUUA